AAGAUUCAGGUCCCGGUGCCUCCCCUUGCUGGUGGUGUGAAGUUACCGUCUCUGAGCCUCCGUUUCCUCGUCUGUGAAUUGCAUACUGUAGUCCCUGCCUGCUAAUGAGACAGAGCACGUGCAGGUGCCUUGUGAACCAUGCAUUGUGACACCAAUGGAAAGUGCUAUUAUUUAAGUAAAGGGGCGAUGCACUUUCAAGGCCAAAUCCCGUCUAUAAAGGGAAAUGACAAGCUUGGUUUGAUUUGCAGAAUUUAAUGGGCUUGUCACUCACAGAGAGGAGAAUAUGGAGUCGUAGUUAAACUCAUGGGCUUUGGAGUCAGAGGGGCCUAAGUUGGAAUCCCAGCCCUGCCACUUAUUAGCUCUCCUCACCAUGUGCGAGGGGAUGAUUGAGAGGUAUGUGGCUGCCAUGGUGCUGAGUGCUGCCGGAGAUGCCUUGGGGUUCUUCAACAGGAAGUGGGAGUUCCUCCAGGAUGGGGAGAAGAUUCACCAGCAGCUGGCCCAGCUGGGCGGCCUGGACGCCAUAGACGUGGAGAGGUGGAGAGUCAGUGAUGACACGGUGAUGCACCUGGCCACGGCGGAAGCUCUCGUGGGAGCCGGGAAAGUCUCAGACUUGACUCGACUGUAUUCCCUCCUUGCUAAGCAUUACCAAGACUGCAUGGAGGACAUGGAUGGCCGGGCACCAGGGGAUACCUCAAUGCACAACGCCAUGCUGCUGAAGCCCGACAAGGCGAAUGGCUGGAGGAUCCCCUUUAACAGCCACGAGGGCGGCUGCGGGGCUGCCAUGCGAGCCAUGUGCAUCGGUCUUAGGUUCCCUCACCACAGCCAGCUGGCCACGCUGAUCCAGGUGAGCAUCGAGAGCGGCCGAAUGACCCACCACCACCCCACAGGCUACCUGGGAGCCCUCGUGUCUGCUCUUUUUACAGCCUAUGCUGUGAACGGCAAGCCUCCCCAUCAGUGGGGCAAAGGACUGAUGGAGGUGCUACCGGAAGCUAAAAAGUACAUUGUCCAAUCAGGCUACUUUGUGGAGGAGAAUCUUCAGCACUGGCCCUACUUCGAAGACCAAUGGGAAAAGUACCUAAAACUUAGAGGGAUUUUAGAUGGCAAAUCGGCCCCUACCUUCCCCAAGCCCUUUGGUGUGAAGGAGAGGGAUCAGUUCUACACCUCCGUGAGCUACUCUGGCUGGGGCGGCAGCAGUGGGCAUGACGCCCCCAUGAUUGCCUACGACGCUGUCCUGGCUGCAGGAGAUUCCUGGAAGGAGCUUGCCCACCGAGCCUUUUUCCAUGGUGGAGACAGUGAUUCUACAGCUGCCAUUGCUGGCUGCUGGUGGGGAGUUAUGUAUGGUUUUAAAGGAGUGAGUCCCUCCAACUAUGAGAAACUAGAAUAUAGAAACCGGCUGGAAAAGAUAGCUAGGGCUUUGUAUUCUCUUGGGUCAAAGGAAGAUACUGUAUGUGCCCUUUAGGGAGAUGUAAUGUUCAUUUCUGGUGGUUUCUCAUCUCGUGUAGUCCCUUUUGUGUUCAGUUUCUUUUCACUUUUUCUAGUCAAGAGUUUUAACCUUGUACUCAGGGAAUUUUGACACAGUCCCUUGGGCACCUUAAGCUCAGUCUUUCCAGACUCAUUCUCUUCUCCCUGAAUCUAUCCGUCUUCCUAUCCUGAAGAGUCUUUAUCUCGGUUGAUGGGCUCAGCGUCUCCCAAGCUGGAUAUCUCACAGCCUCGUAUUUGAGUCUUCAUUUUCAUUGUCUAAUCUUUCACUAAGUUUUUUUCUGUUUGUUUCAGGUUGGGUUCCCUCAAAAGUGGUCUCUGAGACAAGGAUUGGAGUGCAGGUAGUUUAUUUGGGAGGUGAUUUCAGGAAGCACUGGUGGGAGGGUGGAGAAGUGAGACAGGGAAGGGAAAGGAGCCAGUACAAGGGGCGUUAAUGAGCAGGUUACCACUGUGGGUGAUUGGGACUCAGUCCACCCAGGUCCUCUGUGUUAGGCACUCCUGAGAGUUGUCCCACCGGAGGGGCAAGCAAACCUGAGGUAUUUCUCUACCGACUUCCAUCUGACAUUGGUUGAAGACCACUGCCAGGGAUGCUAACUCCCUGGUGCUUCUUGACCUGCCCCUUGUGCCAGCCAAACACAGAUGUCUUCCGGUGAAGACUCAGAGAGACUUGCAGGGGAAAGCUGUAAGGUGCGUGGGAACAGUGAGGGGUGUAUGAGGUCCCAACAGCAUCUGCUAGGUGGUUCUCCCUCCUAAAUAUCUUUUAAAUCUAUCGCCUCUUUUACCUUCUUGCACCAAGUAUUUUUCAGCUGGAUUUCUGCAAUCCAAGCUACUCGAGUCUGGGGAGAUGCUGCUCCCAGCUGCGCUCUGUACUUUCCUGGGCUGGCACUUCACAUGUCACCAGUUUUCUUGUCACCUGCUUGCUUGUGUGUCUUCUCCUCUAGACAGAACCUGGCACACAGGAGAUACGUCGUCAGUAUCUAUUAGGUGACUGUCAUUCCUUAGCCUCCUGUCUCGUGCCUCUGACUCCAGUCUUGCCUUCCUCAUUGCCCUCCAGGGUUAUCUCACAAAUAACAAAUUGAUCAUGCUGAACUUCUAGUCAUGGUCCGUGAAUACCUCACCCCCUUUCUUCAUUUCUUGGUGCUCUGCCAUCUCCUUUUUCACCUAGGAAAUUCCUGCUCAUCCUUUGAGCCCCAGCUCCAGUAGAACCUGCAGGUGAAACCUGCUCUGAGCAUUCGGGCACUUGCCGGCUUUCUGCUCACUACACCCACAGCCUUCUGUCCUGGCCCUGUCACUGCACUGAUGUGUUGUGUGGUGAUUGUGUGUCUUUUGGGGCAAUCUCAGGCUCCUUGUGAGGGAUCAUGUCUUGUUCUCUUCAUGGCCUCCCUGCCUGCCCCAUGAGAGACAGUCAGUAAAUACUGACUCUGGAAGUUCAUCAAGUUGUGUUGAUGAAUGAUGCUUGCUUCUGUUCUGUAUGCCCUCCACUUCACAAUGGUCAGGGGUGACCUGGCCAACAGGUGCUGUGAGAGAGAGAGAAUUUAAUGCCUUAACCAUGCCUAUGUGCUGACUCACAUGAGACACGGCUCUCCACUCUGUAUUUGGAGCAGGAUUUAUAAUUCGUUUGUACAUCAAGGGAGAAGGAAAUUCCAAAGCUCUUUUUCUGGCUCAGAGAACUCUCCAGUGUAUUUAUAUGUUUCAGGAAACAGACACGUCAUUUUAAAUAUUACAACUAGGACAACAGAUUCUUCAGCAGGACAGCCAAUCAGAAAUGGAGACUUUUGUGGGGGUAGGUUACAGUUCACACAACAUAGGAGUAAUCUCUUAAAUUCGCAUCUUAAAAGACUCCUUUGUAUAAAUAUUUUGAGGACAGUUUAGAAUAACAGAAAACAGUACAUUUUAACACAAGAUUCCUGAGCAGAAGAUUAAGAUGGAGAAUCUCAUGACUGUUUUCAGUUUCCCACUUGAUAAGAAUGGGCUUGAUAAUGCAGAAUCAUGUGUGCUUUUCUGCAGCUGUAGGAGAAGAGAAAACAUUUUCAUCUUAUCUGUCUGAGGUUUCUUUUACCUGUGGUUAGGAGAGCCGGCACUUUCAAGGCAGAGCACUAGAAUUCUCUCAACACUGGUCAAACAGCGGACCUGAGAUGCCUAAAUCGUACAAUAUAGAAAAGGUUGGAAGAGUUUUUACACGUGGAAUCUGAGACAGGACCUGUUUCAUAUCUCUGUGACUGGUUUGGUGUGGUCUGAAUUUAGUGAGAAGCAACCACGAAAUGAUUUUAUUUUUCUCCACCCACUGCCUUCAUACAUACUCUGUUGAAGCUGCUUUUCCUGUCCCUUAGCAUCAUAGUGGGCAGAUCACAUAUGUUUUUUUUUGGUCUUUGGUGGUGGGGGGAUUAAAAAACCAAUCCAGUCCAUCCCAGUCCAUUUUUUUAAAUUUAAGCUUUAUUGAGAUAUAAUUGAUGUAUAAAAAUUGUCAGACAUUUCACGUGUACAGUGUGGUGAUUUGAUAUACAUUGUGAAAGGAUUCUUCCCAUCCAGUUAAUGAACACGUUCCUCACAUUCAUCACCGCACUUAUUUAUCUUUUUUUUUUUUUUGGUGAGAACAUUCAAGUUCUAUUUUAUAAAAUUUCAAUUAUCUAAUACAGUGUUAGCAACUAUAGUUGCCAUGUUAUACAUCAGAUCCUCAGACCUUAUUCAUCUUAUAGCUGAAUUGAUAACACCUUUACCAACCUUUCCCUAUUUCCCUCAUCCCCCAGCCCCUGGAAACUACUAUUCUACUCUCUGUUUCUAUGAGUUUGGCUUUUUUUUUUUUUUUUUUUUUAAGAUUCCACAUAUAAAUGAGACCAUGCAGUAUUUGUCUUUCUCUGUCUGGCUUAUUUCACUUAGCAUAAUGCCCUCAAGGUCCAUCCCUGGUGUUGCAAAUGGCAGGAUUUCCUUCUUUCUCAUGGCUGAAUAAUAUUCCAUUGUAUAUAUAUAUCCUACAUCUUUAUCCAUUUGGCUGUUGACAGACACUUAGGUUGUUUCCAUAUCUUGGCUACUGUGAAUAAUGCUACAGUGAACAUGGGAUGCAGAUAUCUCUUUGAGAUCCUGUUUUCAUUUCCUUUGGAUGUAUUGCCAGAAGUGGGAAUCACGGUCCAGUUUAAUCAAUUCUGAAACUUUAAUGUCAUACCCUCCUUCCUCCCCACCACUGUCAGUCUUGAGUUCAAGGGCUUAGGGGAGAAAUGGGGACACCCCAUUUCUCCAUGGAUGCCUCUCAUUUCCCCUCCCCUUCUGAGGUUCCUUGCUUCUCUCCAGCGUUACCCUGAGACCAUCUUCAUGGGUGGAGCACUGGUGGGAAAGCCACCUGUCUUCUGAGGGGUCCUUUCAGCCCAAGGGAAACUCAUCCUUGCUCAUCACUUCCACCAGUGGGAGUGCAGGCUGCCCCACCUGCCACUGUCUUUACAUUCCCCCCCGUCCCUCUCAGAUAGUCCCUGAGCACAGAUCAGACUGCCCGGCAGACAUGCAGCUUGGAGAUAGAAGCCUCUGUUGCCUUCAUGUGAUCACCCUCAAUUUCAGCUGGUAGGCCUUCUCUGCUUUGGCUUGUUGUGAGGGGCAAGGAAGAGCACCAGCUUCCCUCCUCUUUCAGGAAGGGAAGGGAAAACCCCCACAAAACUGUGACACUCAUGACUUUUCUUUCAAAUCCCUGGUUUUCAGCUGAUGGAGGAGGGGAAGGGAGGUCUGAUAACAGAGCAGUUCUGCUACCUCCUUGUACGUUCUACGGGGAUUUCUUUCCAAGGCCUUCCAGUCUCUAGAACAUGGUGGUGGUGGGGGACACAAGGGGGUAGGAGAGGGGAGACUUAGCAUUUGUUGUUUUCUGAUGUAGGACUUGAGCUACAAUUGGAGACAACAGAGAAAGACUCUUUAGAGAUCCUCUUACUAUACUUGCUUUGCAAGUUCGCACUCUUCAUCACAGGCACACUCCAAAAAGAGUUUAGACUUUUAGACUCCGUAUUCUCAAACCUCAAAACCUCCUCCCCAAACUGUACUCUCAGUUGGCAACCUUGCUGCCUAUUUCUCUGAGAAAAUAGAAGCAGUCAGAGGAGAACGCUUGCACACUCCAUCACCACUUCUGCCCAUCCACAGAAAUGGAUGCGUCUGGGCUCAUGCUCUCUGCCUUCUGACUGUGAGUGCUAGUGUGUGUGUGUGGGUGGGUGGGUG